AUGCCCGAUUUCAAGCUGGAGAACCAGCCUUUCGACUUGGCUUUCCACCCUACAGAGCCUCUUGUAUACACCUCCUUACUCACAGGAGAAGUCAAGGCGUUCCGCUACGAUGACAAUAGUGGGGAUAUAUUCCAAGGCUGGACGGUUCGACCAAGCAAAAAGUGCUGCCGGAGUCUCGUCGUGCAACAAGAUGGGAGCAAGAUCUGGGCCGUAGGCAAGGCCGGUGGUAUUCACUGUAUCGAUAGCCUUCGGGGAACUGUUGUCGAAGAUCGACUGGAGGCGCAUAGCGCACCGAUAAAUCGAAUCACGAACCUCUUUGAGAACAUGUUUGCGACUGGUGACGACGACGGUGUGAUCAAACUCUGGGAUCACCGGCAACCUCAAAUGAUCAGAGAAUAUCCUCAUCACUGGGAAUACAUCUCCGACUUUGAAUUUUUAGAGGACAAGAAGCAGCUAGUUUCCACCUCAGGUGAUGGAACUCUUUCCGUAAUAGACGUGAGGUCAAACACUGCUACCCCACUCGAACAGUCAGAGGAUCAAGAGGAUGAAUUGCUUUCGAUCGUUUCUAUCAAAGGCGGUGCCAAACAUGUUGUGGGGACGCAACUCGGUGUAGUGACAGUAUGGGAUCGCACUAAGGGGUGGUCAGACUCGAUCGACCGUAUCAUGGGGUCCGUAUCGCUUGGUCAUGGUUUCAAACAAGGAAAUACAACUCACCGCUUACGGGCUUCCUGCAGGCAUCCCCAAUCUGUGGAAACGUUAGUUGCACUGACGCCUGAUGUCAUUGCUACCGGUUCCGAGGACGGGAUUAUUCGAGUGAUGCAGAUACAGCCGAAUAAGCUUCUGGGCGCGAUCGCAUCACACGGAGAUUUCCCCAUUGAGAGGAUCAAGCUGGAUCGAAAUGGAAAAUUCCUUGGCUCCGUCAGCCACGACGAUUGUCUCAAGCUCACGGACGUUUCCGAGAUCCUAGAAGAUAGCGAUGAUGAAGAGGAGCACGAGGAAAAGGUCGCCGAUCAAGAGGAUGAUAACGAAAGCGUCGGAACCGUCAAGGGAAAAGGCCGCGGCGAGAAUGCUUCAUCAGAUGCUGAGUCGGCAAACUCUGAUGACGAUGAGAGCUCGGGCGAGGACAGCGAGGAUGAAAAAGAUGAACACGGCAGCACAGCGAUGGUCACAAGCGACGACGACGACAGCGACGGCGACGCCGACGAAGACCGUGCAGAGAGGAAGCGACAGAAGCGCAAGGAGAGGCAAAAGUUGAAGGCAGAGAAGCGGAAGGCAGAGAAGCGCAAGACGGGUCUCAUCAAGACCAAAGAGCAGGAAGAAGCAGAGAAGGCAGAGAAGGGCUUCUUCGAUGACCUAUAA